AGGACUGCGCAGGCGUAGCUCUCUAGCUUCCGGCUGUAUCUCCCUGGGAGACUCGCAGAAUAGAUCCCAAGGCGGGGAGGUACCGCUGUGGUGUCCGGUAACUCGGCCCGCGGCGGCGGCCCCGCAGGCGGGAUGUUCCGGGGUUUGGGCGUUUGGUUGGGCUUGCAGCAGCCGGCGGAGGCCGGUGGGGAGUCCCAGGGAGACGGGCAGCCCGAGGAAGACUCACCACCAGAGCAGCAGUCGGAGACGGUGGUGGAGUCCGCGAAGCAGGAGCAGGAGCAGGAGCAGGAGCAGGAGCAGGAGCAAGCGGGGGACCAGGAGCUUCUCAGCCAGGCUAAAGGCCUAGGCAACUAUCUAUUUAACUUUGCAACUGCUGCCACAAAAAAAAUAACUGAAUCAGUUGCUGAGACUGCGCAAACAAUUAAGAAGUCUGUAGAAGAAGGGAAAAUAGAUGACAUCUUUGAUAAGACAAUUAUAGGAGAUUUUCAUAAGGAACAGAAGAAAUUUGUUGAAGAGCAGCAUAUAAGGAAGUCAGAAGCAGCCGUGCCCCCAUGGGUUGACAGUAACGAUGAAGAAACAAUUCAACAACAAAUCCUGGCCUUAUCUGCUGACAAGAGGAAUUUCCUUCGUGACCCUCCAGCUGGAGUGCAGUUUAAUUUCGACUUCGAUCAGAUGUACCCCGUUGCCCUGGUCAUGCUCCAAGAGGACGAGCUACUGAGCAAGAUGAGAUUCGCCCUGGUUCCUAAACUAGUGAAGGAAGAAGUGUUUUGGAGGAACUACUUUUACCGUGUCUCCCUGAUUAAGCAGUCAGCCCAGCUCACUGCCCUGGCCGCCCAGCAGCAGGCUGCAGAGAAGGAGGAGAACAGCAGCAGGCAGGAGGAUUUGCCGCUGGCAGAGGCAGUACGGCCCAAAACACCACCUGUUGUAAUCAAAUCUCAGCUUAAAACUCAAGAGGAUGACGAAGAAAUUUCUACUAGUCCAGGUGUUUCUGAGUUUGUCAGUGAUGCCUUUGAUGCCUGUAACCUUAAUCAAGAAGAUCUAAGAAAAGAAAUGGAACAGCUAGUGCUUGACAAAAAGCAAGAGAAGACCACUGUUCUGGAAGAGGAUUCUGCAGACUGGGAAAAAGAACUACAACAGGAACUUCAAGAAUAUGAAGUGGUGGCAGAAUCAGAAAAACGGGAUGAAAACUGGGAUAAGGAAAUAGAGAAAAUGCUGCAAGAGGAAAAUUAGCUGUUGCCCGAAGUACAGGAAUAAUCCUUAACAUUCUGCAAACUGACAUUAAAUUCUAGAUGUUGACAUUCACUGA